AUGUCACCAUAUAAUAUAAGUAAUAGUGAUUGUAGUUAUAUAUGUAAAACAUCAGCUGAUAAUCAAGUUGAAUAUAUUUGUCCAAGUGGACAACAAUUAAAAUUAGCUAAUGAUCGACGAAUGUGUUUUUAUUGUAAUGAUGAUAAUGCAAUUGAUGAAGUCGGUUGUUCGUCUCGUAUUUGCAACGGAAUAAGUAGUAAGAAAUGUGCACAUAAUAAUAUUUCUAUUCAUAGAACUUAUUUAUGUGGUAUGGUACAUGAUGGUCAACGAGAUUGUAUCAAUGGUACUGAUGAACCAGCUGACUGUCUUUCAUCAAAUCGAGCAUGUCCAACUGGUCUUUAG